AUGGCUGCUCGCUCGGCACCACUCCUCAUCUGCAGCAUUGGCAACCCAGGCGUGCAGUAUGCCAACACCUAUCACAGCGCAGGUCACGUCGUGCUGAACAAACUCGCCGACCAGCUAGGGUACAGCGGCUUCCAAAAAGAUCCAGAACUCGGCGGACUCACAAGUCGGCCACUGACAGUAUCAGCAACCGGCAACUGGACAUUAUGGCAGUCGCCGCUUUAUAUGAAUGAGUCGGGAAGAGGAGUGCAUGCUGCUUACAAAGCCUGGUCGAGAAACCUGCCCGUUGGCGAAACCGGGAAACUCGUGAUCGUUCACGAUGAGCUUGAGGCACACACCGGCAAAGUCUCUCUGAAGACGACACAGGGCGCAAGCGCAAGGGGUCACAACGGGCUGAAGAGCAUCAUGGAGGUGCUAGCAGGCUCAAGGACACCUUUCUAUCGCAUUGGCAUCGGCAUCGGUCGUCCAGUGAGUCGGGAACAAGGCGCGGUGAGCAACUACGUGCUGCAGAAGAUGACCAAUGGUGCUCAUGUGAAAAUGGAGGCUGGGCUUCCGAAGGUGAUUCAGAGUUUGAAACGGCUGGAGGGAUUAUGA